AUUGCCACCUGCAACUUAAACCCGUACUCCUUCUCGCUUAACGCCUUUCAUUUUCCUCAGACGUGCCUUCCAAUCUUGGUUUGCUUAAAUCCUUGUUCCCAACCCGACUCUCUUCUUGCAAGACAUCCGAACUUGAGCCCUACCAACCCCUGUCCAUAUUAACCAGCAACACAGGCCCACCACCGACUUUUGUAUAAAACCAAUCCACUUUCGGUUAGUACCAAUUGCUCCAGCAGCUAUACUACAGCCCUACUCAGAAAUUACCCCUCAGUGUUUAUCCCCCAGCAGGAUACCUUUCCUCUUCACAAGCAAGGCAUAAACCGCUUCAUUUCUUUUCCAGAGUAGGAAAUUACUCCCAUUCAAAUUUGAACUAUUUAGUUUUCAUUUCGUGGUCAUGUCUGUGAACUCACCCCCAUCAACCGCUUCGUCUUUUACACGGCGACUGUCACCGUUCACGCUGUCAACGUUCACGCGGCGACUGUCGCUGGCCUCAAGCGUCUCGCCCGGGUUCCUCUCGAAACUUCUUCACCGCAAGUCCGUCGCCUCGUACGAGACGCCACCGGACCUCGAUAUGCUUAGCCUUGCAUCCUCCGGCCACACACACCUCGCGCUCGACCUCGGCGACACGUCGUCCGAAACACUGGAGGAGGCGCCCAAGACGCAGUCACGGCACACGCUCUGUCCUGUUAAAUUCAUGUGUACGAGUGUUUCCCAGACGAAACCUGCCGAGCCCGCAGCGGAACCUGCGCCCCUGUCUCUGCAGCCGAACCAGGGGGCCUGCGAUUCGUACUCUCUCAAUCGGCUCCUGGUUCAGCCCAAGUAUCUCCGUCCGCACCGCCACCACAAACGAACGGCCGAUUGUCUCCGUAAGUUGUAUCUCGCACAAGAACUCGCCGCAGGGUCUCCAGAUGAUGCGGACAUCGGUGCCGCGCGUGCCACAUACUGCAUGAAGUUCUCCGGCGACGGCAAGUAUCUCGCAGCAGCCGGUCACGACGGUGUGCUCCGCGUAUGGAAAAUUAUCUCGUCGCCGAUCGACCGCUUAGAGUACGAGCGCCGCUACUACACCGCGGCCGAUGAGUCCCAGACGUAUUCGCCUGUCUUCCAUGACACGCCUCACCGUGUCUUCCGCGGCCACACCCAGGAGAUUCUCACGCUCGAAUGGUCUAAGAACAACUUUCUUCUUUCGGGCUCGAUGGACGGUACAGCUGUUCUCUGGCACGUAGACCGGCUCGUGCCGCUCCACACAUUCAAGCAUGACGACUUCGUGACCUCGGUCGCGUUCCACCCGCUCGACGACCGCUUCUUCCUCUCUGGCUCGCUCGACAAGAAGCUCCGCUUGUGGUCGAUCUUGGAACGCGAGGUUGCGUAUGAGUGCGACUUGGGGUGUCUCAUCACCGCUAUCGCGUUCACCGGAGACGGUGAGUAUUGUCUCGCGGGUGGGUUCAACGGGUGCUGUUAUUUUGUGGAGACCAAGGGGCUCGGGGUGAUUGCGCACACGGCGGUCGCGAAGGCGAAAAAUGGCGCGUCUGCGAAGAUUACAGGCAUUGUAUGUUACAAGGGCGAACCAGAGGCCCGCAACGCGCACGAUAAGAGUUCAAGUGUGAGCGACACAAGCUCAGGCGUACCUGCACGUGCGGCCACGGACAGCUCUAUAAGUAGCUCAUCCACACGUGCCGCUGCCUCCACGCGCGCCUCCACGCUCACCUCCACGCGCGCCUCUAUCGCCUCGCCUGAUGCAGCCGGGACCACAGCACACCUGUAUGCCCUUAUUACUACCAACGACUCCCGCAUCAAAAUCCUCGAUCUCGUCACCAAGACGAUUGUCAGCGAGUUCCGCGGCCUGACCAACACCUCCUCCCAGAUCAUGGCCACCAUUUCUGAUGACCGCCGCUACGUGCUUUCCGGCUCCGAGGACCACUGGGUGUACGUGUGGGAAAACAAGCCCAACGCGAACGUGCCGCUCGAGUACACGUAUGACAACCCCGAGUAUGAAGCGCCGGCUGCGGGCGAGGGUGGGCACAGUCUCAUGAGCCGCUGGAAGCGUCACCUGCUUGCGCGGCGAGCGUCAGCGCGUGCUCAUUCGCGCGAGUCCACGGCCUUCCACGCGCACCAGGACCCAGUCACUGCCGCGGUCUUUGCGCCGCCUUCGACACUCGCUGCGCUCCGCCUCUCGAACGAUCCCAUCUACGACCUCACCCUGAAGAACGCCGAAUACUGCGUCGUGCUGGGUUUAUCGCUUCUGUCGGGCGUAGUGGUUGCGCCGCCCGGGUGUAAGCUUCCAGGGAUGACCGUGACGGACCAUCUGUACGAUCCGCGCGAGUCACCAACCGCGGGCUCAGAUAUGAUCAUCGUAUCUGCCGAUACUCGUGGGAUAAUCCGCGUUUUCCGGCAAGACGUGGCGUACUUUGCACGGCGCCACCUCUGCGAGGUGAAGCUUGCGAGCCUCAAGCCUGCGAGCCUCAAGCCUGCGCGCUCGCGCAGCAACUCGCUCACCGCGCGCCUCGGCCGCAAUUUGAGCUCCGAGAGCUUGAGCUUGAAGAAGAACAUACGGGGAUCCGAUAAAGCGUUGGCCAGUAUGGACUUGCGCAUGUCGGAGAACCGUCGGAAACCACUGGAGUUGCUCACGCCCGACUACGACCUGAGCCACCGCAAGAUUAUGUUCGCGCAUGAUGACAAUGACUCGUUGGCCUCGUCCGAGAGUGCGUCCAAGGAGGCCAAUAACCUCCAGUGCGCGGCAUGCCACGGACUCAAGUUCGAGGUGCGCAAGCUGGCGGGCAGCUUGGGUUUUGUGUGUAUGCACUGUGGGACCGCCGCCGCGGGAUAUUAAACGGAUGGACAGCGACCAGAUGUGAUUACUCUUUGCUGUUAUAUGUUGAUGGUGGGAUUCUCCAAUCGUAUAUUUUGGUUGGUGAUGGUUUUGAAUAUCAAACAUGGUGUGAAUAUGAUCUAAUUAAAUUAUUUGGAAAGGAUAUCCUCUGGUACAGUAGCAAGUAUGAUUUCUA